CCUCACACUCACCUCGCGCACGCCGAAAACACUCUCCUGCGGUGUUUCGUCCGUAUCAUGUAGACGCUGACACAAGAGUUCACUGUAGACAUGCACAUCAGAACACGUAGAUUAGGCACGUAAAUAUGUAAAUGCACAACACGUUUCAAUAGAGGAAAUGCUUUGGGCAAUUUCACGUUAAAAUCUCACUGAAUGUUCAGGCUACUUGUGCGUUCCGUUGUCAGCAGCAGAGAGAACUUAUCGCUAAUAUCAGUUUUUUUUGCGCUGAAAAGAAGAGAAAAGCGUCUGUGCACGAUUUACCCCAAACACAGUGAGCCUGAGAGGGUUCAACUUUAACCCCCGCUACAAGAGAAACUCAAGGCAUGGCGGUGCUGCCUGACAGUCGGUGAUUACAGUAGAAAGUCCGGCGGUGCCGCUUCAGAGGUCAAGCUGCGGGGCGCACGGAUCCGCGUCCUGGUGUGAUCUUCUUAUUGAUCUCCACCUGCUUUUGAUUGAUCCUCAUCAGUACAUUGAAGAAUGCAGUUAGAAAGCAUCCUCCCUGGCGCAUCUGUAAACUUACCCAAGACCUUCUAUAACCUGUCGUCGUCCUCAGAGAGCACCAACAACAGCCCGGGGUCAACGCAGAUAGACUUUCAGGACAUGGACCGGACUGAAGCGGAGCAGAGCUCCGUGGCCAAGAAGUUUUUGAGCGGUGGGAGCGCGCUGAUGGAUGAUGCUGACAGCGAGAGCUUCACCGGGAAUAAAGCAGCGGCAUCCGCCGCACCGGACGCGCGGAAAAGUUCUCCGGUGGUCGUUGGAGAUGAUGAGCUGUCCAGCGCCCGCCGUUACAACAUCGACGAGCUGGGCACUGAUCGCUAUUUCAUAUCCUCCACCCAACCGAGCUCCGACGUGACCAAUGCGUGCUCUCUCUUCCCGUACGGAGGCCAAACCGGGUCGGUGUACAGCGGCGCAAACGGGUCCAGGUAUUCGUCGUCUCUGCAUUACGGCUCGGUUCUUCAGCCCGCCGGGUUCUCCUCCGCCGUGUGCGCCGGUCGCAGUCAGUUUGGGAGCGGGUAUCAGUUCGGACAGGGUCCCGGGUGUCUGUACCCGUCCUAUCCGGGACCGGGCUCCGGUUUGAGCUCGAUGCCCAUCCCCGGUUCGGGCUCCGCGGCGAGGGCGCAGGUGUACCUGUGCAACAGGCCGCUGUGGCUCAAAUUUCAUCGCCAUCAGACCGAGAUGAUCAUCACCAAACAGGGCAGGCGAAUGUUCCCCUUUCUGAGUUUUAAUAUCACUGGACUGAACCUGACGGCGCAUUAUAACGUGUUUGUGGAGGUUAUUCUGGCCGAUCCCAACCACUGGAGGUUUCAGGGCGGAAAAUGGGUCACCUGCGGGAAAGCGGACAACAACAUGCAAGGUGAGGAAAGAGAGAAAUAA